UUCUCAUGUGACCAAGAGAGAGAUAGGAGUGAGAGACUGAGAGUCUACAUAAGAACUAGAAUUAACGCAUUUUGCAAUUGAGAAUUUUCAUUAGGGUUUUAGUAUUUUCCAAUUAGUUGCAGAAGAAAAAAAAUGCCGAGCUCUAGUUUUUCAGGUUCUGUAUCAUCUCCAAAAGUUGAUGUUGCAAUUGACAUGGGACAUCCUCUACUAAACCACACUGUUGAUGGUUUCUUGAAGAUCGGAGCUGUUGCUGCAUCCAGAGUAGCUGUAGAAGAGACUUAUCACUGUAUCAAAAAAGGGAGUGUCUCAAGUAAUGGCUUAGAGAAAUCGUUAAAGAAGAUGUGCAAGGAGGGUGCUUACUGGGGGGCUGUAGCUGGAGUUUACGUGGGAAUGGAGUAUGGCAUAGAGAGGGUCCGUGGUACUAGAGAUUGGAAAAACGCGAUGCUUGGGGGUGCUGCUACAGGAGCUUUGGUGUCUGCCGCUUGCAGUAACAACGGAGAGAAAAUCGUGAUAGAUGCGAUUGCAGGAGGUGCUAUCGCCACAGCUGCAGAGUUUAUCAAUUAUCUUACCUAAGCGAAGAGAAACGAAUGUAUCUUCAUCAUUUGGCCUGUAAGAAAGAACAAUUUAGUAAUGCUUAUUCCUUUUCAUGUUUUACCGUCUGUUGCUUAGUUAAUAAUUGCUCUUACGGUUUGUAGUGAAGCACUUUUUCAAGUAAAACUUUCAGUCAUUGUGAAAUUUACUUUGCAGCUGUAUGAUUUCUUUUG